UUGACUUUAUCCAUUACAAAAUCGUAAAAUAUCAAUAAAAUAUAAUUGCAUUUACCAUUCCUAUAGUUACGUUGUAGAUGUCAUAAUUUUAAUUUAAUUUCACUUAAAAUAAAUUAUAAUGAAGGUGUACAUCUUUUUUAUUUUUAUGGUAUUACACACAAUAACAGCAGAAAAAGCAUUAUCGAAGCUCCGCCGAAAGUUGUUCGUGCCUAAAAUAGACGAUAAAUGCAGGAAGAUAAAGUGUCCGAGCGUUGACGAGCCGGAGUGUGUCCGGAUGAAACGAAACGAUCUCGGUAUCAAUGUACAUGUCAUAGUCGUGAACAAGUGCGAGCUGUAUUAUAUGCAGUGCCAUGAUAAUGUGGAAGCUAAAAUCGUUCCCAUGAAGUUUUGCAGCCACAACCACGGGCCAGUCAAGAAAAUUAUGAAAGAUAAAUCACAUUCACGGGUGAAAAGGGCAGUGAAUGAACAAGGUAGUAAUCUUCUUUCAAUUUUACCCGACUCUAGGAAGGGUAUUGUUUUUAUCUUAUUCCAAUCUGUCUGUAAUAAUUAAAAUAUUAUUAUUCCUCUCCAGAAAAUGGUAAGUAUUUUUACCGAUAAUGGCCUAAGGGUGCUUUUCCACCAGAGAUGUGCUAUGCUACGUUGCUGUGGGUGUGUUUGGCUUCCACCAAUCAUUUUGGUCAAAUAGCAGACUCAUUUCUAGAAAAAAUCAUAAAUUAAGUAGAUCAUCAAAUCUAUGAAUAACAGUGUGAUUGUCUUUGAAUAUUUUAUUGUAUUGAAACGUCGAAAUAAUUUAUUUUUGAGUGAAGAAACUACCCUAUUACGUGGGCAACACAAUUUGAGUGUGAAUGUUAGAAAAGUAAUUAUUUCCUUGAUGUUACAGAUGAGAAAGGUAAGAAGAUUAGUUAUUUUUUGUUUAUACAAUACAACGAUUCCCUGAAUAAAAAACAAAUCAAAUUGAGGGCAGUUUUCAUAUGUAUUUUUUAUACAUUGCAACAUUGCCUAUUAUCUGUCAAAAUAUGGAAUCGGCCAUAUUUGUUUUUAGUUUAGGCGGGAAUCUUUAGAAUAAUAUUUUUAUCAAGGAACUUCAUAAUACUAGUCUUAAAAUUAUAUCUCAAUUUAUAUUAUAGUAUUCUUAGGUAUAACUUUAAAUGUAUCGCUAGUCCGUAAACUAAGGUGAUCCAGGGGCUUUAGUCUGCUAUUACAAUUGUGUCAGAAUGGAGAGGGACGGGGCUAUAUAACCUACAUAUCUCCGUCCCUCUUGCACUGCUCAAUGAUCGACCAUUCUGACACAAUUGUAAUAGCAGACUAACGCCCGAAUACUGAAAUGCUACUCAAUUUUAAGUUGUACUUAAAUAUCGUGCUAUCUCUGUCAUUUUAUAAAGAAUUGACAGGGACAGAACUAGUUUUGAGAGCGUCUUAAAAUUGAGUACCAUUUCAGUAUUCGGGCGUAAGGCCCCUGUAUCUUAGGGACUAGAUCUUAAAAUUUCUUCUUGUUUGGCACCUCGGGUACAUUUAGUUUUUUUCCACAGAAAAUGAAUCGCACGAGAAAUCACCGUUCGGCCAUGGGUACCACCCCCACCCCGUUAAAGACCCAUGGCUUCCAGAUUUAUACGACAAAAUACCACAGGAGCUUUACAUAUACCUAGUCAUGAAAUAAACAUAUAAUCCCAUU